ACCAACAAACGGGGGGCAGAACCGAAGGAGGAGGAAAAAAAAUCAGCUCGUCGGCUUCCCCGAACACUUGAGUCCGGCUGGAGCGCAGGAGGCGCGCAUCUCCCACUGUGCAUUCCUCCCCAUGAACAGCAACCCCGGCAAUAGAUUACUGCUACUAGUAGAUUAUAGAUUUUCGUAAGAAAGCGCAGAGAGAGAGAGAGGGAGUGAAUGGAAUUAUCAUACUCCAUGACAACUCCAUCACCAGACUAGAGAGAGAGAGGGAGGGAGGAAAGAGAGAGAAACCCUUCUCCCCCCCUUUGCUCCUCGCUUUCAUCACCCGUUCCCCCGAGUCUCCGGCCCCACCUCCGCGAGCGUUCAAGCCCGAGGAAGCGGAGGCGGCGGAGGAGAAGGGGGGAGAUUCGGCUUCCCCGUCGGGAGCCUAGGCACGGGAGAUGCAGCGGCGGCGGGGGCACACGUGGGCGGGGGUGGGGAAGACGGCGCAAGCGGCGGCGGCCCACGCCGCGCUCUUCUGCUUCACGCUCCUCCUCGCGCUCAGGGUCGACGGCCGCACCACGUACUCCUGGUGGAUAAUAUUCAGUCCGCUAUGGCUCUUUCAUGGGAUUGUUGCGCGCGGAAGGUUUUCAAUGCCAGCACCUUCUUUGCCACAUGGCCGUCAUUGGGCACCAUGUCAUUCAAUUGUCGCAGCACCUUUGCUAAUUGCGUUUGAGCUGCUUCUCUGCAUCUAUCUUGAAAGCUUAAGAGUUAGGAAUCAUCCAUCUGUUCAUCUGAAGAUUGUGUUCCUUCCUCUGCUGGCCUUUGAAGCUAUUAUACUUAUCGACAAUUUUAGGAUGUGCAGAGCUUUAAUGCCUGGAGAUGAAGAAAGCAUGAGCGAUGAAGCUAUUUGGGAGACACUUCCUCAUUUUUGGGUUGCAAUUUCAAUGGUUUUUCUUAUAGCUGCUACAACAUUCACACUUCUCAAGCUAUCUGGUGAUGUUGGUGCGCUGGGGUGGUGGGAUUUGUUUAUAAAUUAUGGGAUUGCGGAGUGUUUUGCAUUUCUUGUUUGUACAAGAUGGUUUAAUCCCAUGAUUCAUAAGCAUCCCGCUAAUGGGGAAGCUAGCUCGUCAUCAGCAGCAAUUAGAUACCGUGACUGGGAAAGUGGCCUUGUUCUCCCAUCACUAGAAGAUCAUGAACCAGAGAGGCUUUGUGGUCUCCCUGAUAUCGGAGGUCAUGUAAUGAAAAUACCUCUGGUUGGUUUCCAAGUUUUGCUUUGUAUGAGGUUGGAGGGCACACCGCCUAGUGCUCGGUACAUCCCAAUAUUUGCUCUCUUCUCGCCACUAUUUAUUCUGCAAGGUGCUGGUGUCCUUUUCGCUUUAGCAAGAUUGGUGGAGAAGGUUGUUCUACUACUGCGUAAUGGACCAGUUAGUCCUAAUUAUCUUACAGCUUCAUCAAAAGUUCGUGAUUGUUUUGCUUUUCUUCAUCGUGGUUCAAGGCUUCUUGGUUGGUGGUCUAUCGAUGAAGGGAGCAAGGAAGAGCAAGCCCGUUUGUUUUAUGCUGAAUCUACUGGGUACAACACAUUUUGUGGUUAUCCACCUGAGGUGGUUAGGAAAAUGCCUAAAAAGGAUCUUGCAGAAGAGGUUUGGAGGCUACAGGCAGCGUUGGGAGAGCAAUCUGAAAUUACAAAGUGUACCAAACAGGAAUAUGAAAGGCUUCAAAAUGAGAAGGUUCUUUGUAGGAUUUGCUAUGAGGGGGAGAUAUGCAUGGUCCUACUUCCUUGCCGGCACAGAACUUUAUGCAAGUCUUGUUCUGAGAAGUGCAAGAAGUGUCCGAUCUGCCGUAUGCCAAUUGAAGAGUGCAUGCCUGUAUAUGAUGUUUAAACCUCACUAACUCAGGUUAACAUUACGAACCUGUACAUGUGGGUCUGUCAUGCCGUGCACUUGGGCUCGAUCACAACUUUAAGCUGAUUGAGGUGCGCACAACAUCAGAAAAGGUUUACGGUAAAAGCAUAUAUGGGGGAAAUACAAGUAUAUCAUGUCUAACCAAAAGAAUGCAAAGGUUGCUGAUGAGCAUUUUGUUGGUUCGGUCCAGUUAUCUAUUGUAAGUAUAUGGUCACUGUAGUUCCCUUCCUCUUGUGAUUGAUAGACGGGUCAGGUAGUCUUGGUUUAGCAGCAUCUUCUCAGGGACAUGCAGUUGUCUCAGUGUAAAUAAAAACUUUGCUUUUGUUUGAAUGUAGUUCUCUCUUGGUUGAGAAGUGAAACCAAAACUGACUGUAAACCUCUCUGCUGUACCAUCUGAUAGGAAAAUGUCUCAUCUGACCAAUAGAUAUUGUUUGUCCAGUGAGGGGUCAGGUGGCUUCUCACAAUGUGAAGGGCCGCUUAAGUGUGUCUGGACAAGAAAGUUUGCGUCUGGUACUCUGGUCUGUGCCAAGGAAUCAUUGUGAUUUUUGAGCCGUACUGAGUUGAUUGGAGCCAA